AUGCAGUGGACCCGCUUUUGCCAUGACAUCACCAGGACCUCCCUCAAGGGCCCCCAGCAGCAACACUGCCUGGAGGCGCUUGCUGAGGCUGCUGUGCCACUUGCCCCUGUCACUGAAGCCAUCAAUACAAUAUGGGUGAAGCUGAGCCAGCUGGAAGAAGGGUACCAGCCAGCUGCCCGCAUCUUCCAGUGUGCAACCUGCCGCCUUGUGGACUGCCAGUUCCCCCUUGACUGCCCAGUUCAAGAUGUGUGGGUCCAUGAGGAUGAAGCCAUCACACUGCACUGUGAUGUGCCCUUUGCUGUCCCUCCAGACCUGCCCAUUACCUGGAUGUUUGCCAAGGAUAUACGCACACAGGACCUAGCACUGUUUGAGGAACUGCAGGAGAGUUUGGGGGAACCUCCCAGCCUGACCCUCCAGGACCCCACCCUAGGAACCAUUGCCUGUCGCCUGGGGGCCCCGUCUGAGACCCUGGCCCGCAAGUACUUCUACCUCAAUGUUACGCAGUGCCUUCUACCUCUUGCUUGUGUUCUGGUCUUGGCUGCCCCAGGUCUCUCCAUGCCUAAGCAAACCCUAAACAUCUUCAAGAAAACUCUCUCCAACACUUCGGCAAGUGCUCUGAAGAAAACCAGUUGGCCCAAAGACUGCAGCGAGCUUGUCUCUGGCAGCCCCAGUGGCAUUUACAUAAUCCAGCCCACAGGUCUCCACCCCAUCAAGGUGUACUGUGAAAUGAAUGUGACAAACGGGGGCUGGACGGUCAUCCAGAGGAACCAGAAAGACACAGCUGUCACCUGGGCUGAGUCCUGGAGCACCUAUAAAUAUGGCUUUGGGAACGUGCGCAGUGAGUACUGGCUGGGCACCGAGUACAUUCAUCAGAUUGCCAAGCAGAAGGUCUACCAGGUCAGAUUUGUCAUCUGGGAUACCAAAAAUAACAUCAAAUUUGCAGACUACAACCUCUUCAGUGUGGAAGAUGAGUCCCAUGGCUACCGGUUGAGGCUGGGCUCCUACACAGGGACAGCAGGGGAUGCCAUGGACUCAAACAAUCCCAGUAAUGUGCACAACAACAUGAAAUUUUCCACAAAAGACAUGGAUCAAGACACUUCAAGAAAGAACUGUGCAUCCCACUCUGGGGGUGGGUGGUGGUACUCGGCAUGUUAUUCUGUACGGCUGAAUUUCAAGGGUGGCAUGACAUGGGGUAGCCUGUGUAAAGGGGACUGCAAAUCCUCCCUUAUCCUCAUCAAACCAGCUCCUUACCACUAGCAUUAUUUUGCACUUUCACAUGGCCAGAUCAGUGCUCUGCUGGGCCACUCUUUAUUGGCUGAGGGCUGGGGGUGAAUAGGGGUGUUCCAGCAUAUCAAAAGACCUUUUAUUUUUUCCUCUUCUCCUGAAAAGUAAUGAU